UGAAUUUAAUGAACUUAAUAGAUAACAUAUGUACAACAGGUGUUAUAGUCGGUAUAUGAGUACUUCAAGUUCGUGAUACUAUAGCUCUAAUUGAAAAGAAACAUACGGAAUGUGUAUAUUGAAGAUACUGUGUCAAACAGCGUCGACGUUGAUAAUAGAAAAUGUAACAAGUACACGAAACAGUCUGAACUGGAGAUGCUGGAAGUAACUCAGUACGUUUUUUGGAUCUGUUCAUGAACUUUAAAGUUAAACUUUGUUACUCGACCAAAAUACUUUCUAAUUUAAGAUGAACAUCAUCAAACUUAUCAAUUUAUUGACAACCAUAUCACUUGUUAGAGGGCAUUUUGGGUACAGUAGAAAGGAUCAAUAUAUGUGGAUUCAAAAAUUCAAGAUGUGCAGUGGAAAGUUACAGUCUCCUGUAUCAAUAUCAUCAUCUAAAUCAAUCGCUGUUCCUUUACCAGCCCUGGAGGUGAUCGGUUAUCAUGAUUAUCUUCCAGGUACAUUGCGGCUAAAGAACAAUGGUCAUUCAGUUACAAUGAGUACAAAUAACAAUGUAAAAGAUGAACGUUUACCCUACAUAUUCGGCGCUGCGCUCCCUAUAAAUGAAGAGUAUGAGAUAGAUCAUUUACAUUUCCAUUGGGGUGCAAAAAAUAACAGGGGAUCUGAACAUGUGUUGAACGACGUUAGAUAUCCAAUGGAGAUGCAUAUGGUUCAUAGAAAUAAAGCAUAUUCGAAUCUAUCUGAUGCGCUAAAUUAUGAAGAUGGUCUUGUAGUUUUGGGUAUCUUUUUCCAAUUGCAGGAGAAAGACAACAGAUUAUUGUAUCCCAUAUUGAAUGGAUUGGCAGGAGUACAAUGGUUGAAUACGGAAACAAAGUUAAAUACCUCGAUAACAUUAGCUUCUUUAUUACCCCACAAUACAGAUGUAUUUUAUGUUUACAAAGGUUCGUUAACUACACCUCCGUGCAACGAGGUAGUAACAUGGAUAAUAUUUUCAACUCCAGUCCCAAUAUCUUUUACUCAGUUAAAUAAAUUUAGAUUACUUUUCAACAAAGAAGGUUCAUUAACAGAUAAUUAUAGAAGAUUACAAGAUAUAGGACUUAGAAAAGUAUAUGUUAGAAGACUAAAUUCAUAUUUAAUUGCAAAAUACAAUGGAACAAUGUUUAAUGUUACAAAUUUAGAUUGGUUUUGGCGUUAAAUAUAUCCUUGUCCAAACAAAACUUAACAAAUAUAAUAAUUUUGGCG